AUGAGGCCUCCCCGUGGCACUGACUGCCAACGUGUUUCGCUUCGUCGGCAGUUUCACCCAGAUGACAUGGCAGAACUUCUUCUUGGGGAGUCCAAACUAGAACAAUUUUUGAAGGAAAAUGCUCUUAAACAGAGCAGUAGCCCCCGGGGCCCCCGGCCAAAGCUGACUGAAGUCAGGAAACAUCUUACUGCAGCACUUGACAGAGGAAACCUAAAGCCAGAAUUCUUACAAGAAGCUAACCUCAUUAUGGCCAAAUUGAACUAUGUGGAAGGUGACUACAAAGAAGCUCUAAACACCUAUGCCAGAGUUGGAGUAGAUGACUUGCAACUAGCUGCAGUGCCACCCUACAGACUAAGAAUGAUUGCUGAAGCAUAUUCUACUAAGGGUCUCUGUCUUGAGAAGUUGCCAAUUUCUUCUUCAGCUAGCAACCUCCAUGUGGACCGUGAACAAGAAAUUGUUACUUGCUAUGAGAAGGCUGGGGAUAUUGCUCUCCUCUACCUUCAGGAGAUAGAAAGGGUAAUUAAUACCAAUAUACAAAACAGGAGUCCUAAGCCAGGGCCUGCUGCACAGGAGCAAGAACUUGGCUUUUUCUUGGAAACAGGACUUCAAAGAGCACAUGUUUUAUAUUUCAAGAAUGG